GCCCGUACUAAAAACUGUGAUUACAUGGCACAUGGCCCGCCCAGAAGCUCAAUCACUAAAAAAGAAAAGAUAGAAACCAGCAGUUUCCGACUCUCCUCUUCCUCUUGACAGUCGCGAUGAGGGACUAGCUGCACUGCCUGCACAGAUGCUACUAACCCACGGCACCUCCCCUAGCCGUUUCCGAUUUCCUCUGCGGUCCGCAGAUUAGUGGGAAAUCCGCCGAACCAGAUCUGCUUCUGUAUCUUCGCGUGCCCAUUUGUCAUACUGUGUACAUCUUCUCAAUGAAGCUACCAGUUGAAUGGGUGGGAAAUCAACCAAUGAAUUCAGUUAUUCAGGAGCUUCAAGGCUACAAAAAUAUGAGUGGAACAUCUUCUUAAUGAACUUUCGAGUUGCAUGGGUGGAAAAUCAACCAACAAAUUCAGGAGCUUCAAGGCUACAAAAAUAUGAGUUUAAAAAUGAGAGCCUUAAGCACUGGCAGUGGUCUCGCUCAUUCAAUUAAGAGAAACAGAAGCAGUCUAAUUUCUACGGUCAUUCGAGUAGUCUACCCCUUUCGUUGUCCAGCCUUGUCAACCAUGUCAAGAGAGGAUGAUCCCAAACUGAAGGAAAUGAUGGAUUUCAUAGACAACCUCAAGAACUAUGAGAAAUUAGGCGUACCCAAAGGCGCAGGAACAGAUUCUGAGGAUGGGUUCGAUCUGGGUAGAAUGAGGCGCCUAAUGGAGCUUCUGGGUAACCCUCAUUUCACAUUCAAGGCUGUUCAUAUUGCGGGUACUAAAGGAAAAGGAUCAACUUCUGCAUUUCUCUCCAGCAUAUUAAGAGCAGAAGGCUACUCUGUAGGUUGCUAUACUAGUCCACAUAUAAAAACUAUUAGGGAACGUAUAACCUUGGGAAGACAUGGCGCGCCAGUAUCUGCAGAGGUAUUGAGUCAUCACUUCCAAAGGGUGAGGAGAGACCUUGAGAGAGCAGUGGAACUUGAAAAUGGACGUCUUAGUCAUUUUGAGAUUUUCACCGGUAUUGCUUUCAGCCUAUUUUCUCAAGAGAAUAUAGAAAUUGCAGUCGUGGAGGCUGGAUUGGGUGGUGCAAGAGACGCUACUAAUGUAAUUAGCGCCUCUAAUCUUGCGGCAUCAAUCAUAACGACAAUUGGCGAGGAACACCUGGAUGCUUUAGGGGGUUCUUUAGAAAGUAUUGCACUUUCAAAAGCUGGAAUAGUCAAAGGUGGCCAUCCAGUUAGUUAGUUCUAGGUGGCCCAUUCCUUCCACACAUUGAGCGAAUUCUCCGUGAUAAAGCGGAAUGUGUUUCUUCACCUGUGGUUUCGGCUUCUGAUGGGGGAAAUAAGAGUUCUCUCAAAGGCUUCCAUCAAAUAUGUGGCAUACCACACCAAGUUUGUGAUGUUUUGCUUCAGAUUGAUAGAGACCUUUUGCUGUCAAUAGCAUUAUUUGAUGUGAGGCUACGCAUGCUUGGGUCCCACCAGCUUAGGAAUGCAGCAACAGCUGUAUGUGCAGCGCUAUGCCUUCGUAAUAAAGGAUGGAGGUUGUCUGAUGCAUCUAUUCAUGCUGGUCUAGAAAGUGCAGUUUUGCCGGGCAGAACUCAACUUUUAACUACAAAAGAAACUGAAAGGCUAGGACUACCUCCUCAUAUAAAUAUAAUGCUAGACGGAGAUCCUAAAGGUACUAUAACUUAAAGGCUUGUAAGUUCAGAUCAUAAAUGAUUUUCAGCACAUACGAAGGAAUCAGCCAGAUCAUUGGCUGAGACAGUGAAGUUGUUAUUUCCAAAAGGGAGAUUAAUUCUGGUAGUGGCUAUGGCAAGCGACAAAGAUCAUCUUGGGUUUGCAAGAGAGUUAAUUUCAGUGAAUUGUUUGGAAGCUGUAUUUUUUACGGAAAUUAGCAUCGCUGGGGACAAAUCUCGAACCACUUCAGCAUCUUAUCUGAAAGAAGUUUGGAUGAAAGCUUCACAGGAAAUGGGUAUUAACGUUCUCGAUCACAGAGAUGCAGAAUGCAAUUUUUCCAAGGGUCAGUCUACACAUUCUGGAAAGGCAAGAGAAGUAAUACUUGCUGAGAAGCCAUUAAUGGCAGCUGUAAGAGUUGGAUCUCAGAAUCUGAAUGAAAGUGAGGGAAACCCUUCCAGGGUUGUGUUAGUGACGGGGUCUUUGCAUAUAGUUUCUGUUCUAUUAGGUUAUCUCCCAGAAUAAACUUUGAUAAACAAAAGUUAAAAGGAGUGAGGAAGGUUGAAAUUUGUGGUGUUUGGUCCGAGUAAUGUCUUUCUUUUGCUCAUAUACAUUUCAUGGCCUUCUUUAAUGCUGUUUUAGAUUUUGUGAGAUAUAAAUGCCAGUUUGGGGACCCCUCAUAUUAACUUCAUUGUUUUAGAAUUUUGUCCCCCACUCUCAUUAAUGUUAUUAUCUAGAUGAUUCAGAUACGGAGUAAUGACAUAUUUGGCAUU